AUGAGACGCUUCUGUGAAUUGUCAUUGCCGGCGACUGGUGGACACGAGGUGAGGAGGGAGGUGGGGGUGAGAGAAAGAGAUCACCGAGGAGAUGUUAAACAUAAAGAUGAGAAGCAAACGAACGAUUCCAACCCAACCCCUCUCCGCUUCCGCUCCAACACCCCCACGGACCACCCGCGCCCAUUCGUCUCCGUCACCAGAAGACUCGCCCUGUCGUCCUCACUCUCUUCCCUGGUCUUCUCCGCCUCACCCACGAUUCUCCGCCCUGGACCUGCAAAGGCCUUCGACUUCGAGUUCGUCAAGCCCGGCCAGACGGUCGAGGACGCUGUGGGCGUGGUCCGGGGCCACGCACGGUCGCUCCUGGCAGUGAAGCCCCUGCUCGAGUUGGGGUCGUGGGAGGAGGCGCAGAGGGAGAUGCGCGAGAGCUCGGCCCUGCUGAAGCAGGACGUUUACACGAUCAUCCAGAGCAGGCCCGGGGGCGAGAGGCCGAGGCUGAGGAAGUUGUACUCGGACCUCUUCAAUGGCGUGUCGAGGAUGGACUACGCCGCAAGGGAUCGGGACGGUCCUCUUGUGUGGCGGUGAUAUGAGAAGAUCAGCGCUGCUCUUGAGGAGAUUUUGAGUUUAAUAUGAAGUCGGUUGAUUUAUAGCAAAUUAUCAUCACGAGCUAGUAAAGCCCGCCAUAUGAAAUCUCUCAAUGGAUGUUUCUUUGCUUUUACAUGUAAUGUGGCUGAGGAAGCUGUCCUCGGACCUUUUCAAUGGACUUUGGAUUAUACCUU